GGCAGAGAUUGCACUUCCGGUUGCGCUUUGCGAACUUUCGGGUUCUUUGCAGUUGUUGGAACAGGAUACCCGCUCAACUUUAAGGCACAUUUUACUGAUAAAAUCAGUUCAAAAUGGAUGAUGAUGAAAGGGUAGAGCUCGAGGCUGAUAUUGAAAAAAUCCAUCACACACUUGAAGCGGACAGGAGUCGGUGGCAAUUUGAUGAUUACGAUGACAGUGAUGAAGAUUCUGAUGAUGAGGAUAAUUUGUGCAUAGACUUGGAGACACAACCCUCAGCUUCAGUUUCUGUAGCGUCUGUAUCAGCACGGAGUGGCGGUGGCCGGACAACACCAAGUGCUCAGAGUUUAGUCUCUCGGCAGACAGUAGAGUCUGAGACAGCAGAUCAAGAUGAGGAUGCAGAAAAUUUAUUUCGAGAAGUAGGAGUAGUUAUUGACCAGGCCAGUGUGACUCCUGACCUGCCUGCAUCCAUCAGUUCUUGUCUGGCUUUAAACCGUGCAUACCAGGAUCUCAUCAGUGAACACAUCGACCAAAUAGAGCUUGCUUUGGCUGAAAACAGAGAAGCCCAGAGAGUGCUUCAAGAAGAAACCAGUGACAGCUCAAAACAGUUACCAACAAAGAAAAGAUUUCUAUAUUCUAUGGCUCCACCCUAUUUCAAACAGGGCCAAAGCUCGUGUCCCAGGACAAAUGAAGAUGUCGUCCAAAAGCAGAUAACAAAGGAACCCAAUCUGGAUAUGAGGCCAGACAUGCCAUGGAAUCAGCGAAUGAGAAGCCUGUUGAAAGAUGCAGUAAAAGAUGAUGCAUUGGAAAAACUACUGCAGCCACUUUUAAGCAGGCAAGAGCUUGAAGAAGAGAAGCUUCAAGAUGUUGAAGAAAAUAGCAACCAGUGGAAUUCAAUUCGCAAGAAAAUCGCCGACAUUGAAAAAGAGAUAGAAAAAAAGAAGGACACAUCUGAAGAACAGCUGCUAAGAGAUGUUGAUGUGGAAAGGGUGGACUGGAUGAAGAUUUCAAACCUCACAUUUAAUGGCAAACGAGACUGGAAGUCGUGCAAGCGUGCAUGGCUGCAUUUGGUUGACCCAAAGAUUAACCAUGAACCCCUGCAGCCCUCAGAAGAGAAGCGCUUACAGGAACUGGCGAAAGAGACAAAUGGUAGCAAUUGGGUUUACAUUGCUCAGCAGCUUGGGACAGGGCGAACAGCAUUCCAAUGUCUGCAGCAUUAUCAACAGAACCUCAACAGACAAAUGCUUCACAGGCCCUGGACUGAGAAGGAAGACAAACGCUUGCUGAAAGUUGUGGAGAAGUGUCAGCAGUGUCACUUUAACUGGCAUCGAGUUUCACAGUACAUGGAUGGUCGUAGUCACACUCAGUGCUACAAGCGAUUUUGUAAGAUUGACCCAAACAAGAACACUGGCCACUGGACAGAGACUGAAGAUGCACAAUUGAUUGCUGCAGUCAAACUUCUGGGAACCAAUAACUGGGUCAAAAUUCAGGAUCUGGUGCCAAGUCGUUCCAAAGAACAAUGUCGUGAAAGAUACAUAAACAGCUUGGAUCCUAACCUGUCAAGACAUGCCUGGACAUAUGAAGAGGACAAGAAGCUUUUAAUGCUGGAGCAGAAAUAUGGCAAAGGAAACUGGGUUAAGAUGUGCAAAGAGAUGCCAGGUCGCACAGAUAAUCAACUUCUUCACCGAUUUAGGAGACUCGAAGAUUGGGCUCAGAAAGCAAAGUGGUUCCAGACCCAGCCUCAAAUGACAAAAGACCUACUGCUGGGCAAGAAUAUGCCUGCUGACAAGAAGAAUGCUGCAUACAGGGCUAACUGGGAGCAGUUCUUUAAAGUGUUUGCUGUGCUCGAAGAAGACUAUGCUAAGCAGGAGGCAGACAGAGAGAAAGGGGAUGUUGUAGUUCCACGCCCACCAUUCCUUCUGGGGCUAGCUUCCAAGGGUGCUCAGAAGAUAUGGGAGCGCCGGAUGCAGCUUCAUAGACUAGUUGAAACUCAUAUGGAAAAACUACGUGAGAAGUUGCAGGACUGUGGUUCAGAGACCUCCUCGCUUCAGGAUGCAAUUAUGAGCCUGUCACACGAUGUGGCCAAUGCCAGAGAGCUUGAGCAACUGCAAAGAGAAGGAGUAGCUGAGCUUCUACCUCGGCAGCCAACAAGUGUGUAUGUCCGGGACCUGUUAGCUAUAUCUCGUGGGCUCAUGCCACCCACAAUGCAUGGCACCAAGACCCGCAGUGAGCCAUCCAUGAAGAAAGAGAAGGUGCCUCGUAAGGAGAUUGAUCGAGUAAAGUUUAAAAAAUCAUGUGCAUUGAGGACAGAACUGCGGCGAGUGAUGAGGACAAACCUAAGAGAACCCUUGAUCAAGCCUGGGAGGCCCCGCAAAUUCUUCUGGCGACAGAACAGGGAGCAGACACUUUCUUCAAAGGAACUUGAGCCAAUCAGAGCAAAUGCCCUCAACCUUUACCUUAAGUCUCUAGGUGCUGAUGCAAGUGUGCUACUGGCAGAAGGAAGGAAGAGCUUUCCAGAGCUUGCACCCAGAUAUGAGGCAGAGGCAGCAGCUGCAGCAACAGCCAUGACGGAUGAUGAGGAUGAUGAAGAAAAGGAUGAGUCAGAUGAAGAAGAAAAAUUGCAGCUGGAGGAGAUGGAUGGUAGCCAGACCGUGCGCCGUAGCAAAAGGGCUCGCAAGUCUAAAGUGUUUGAGGAUCUCACCCAGCCAGAGCCCAUCAUGAUGGAAUGUGAAGAUCCAGAAAUGAAGAAGAAGCUGAAAGAUUAUGAAACGCUGGAGUGGAUGUGCAAGGUUCUGCGCAUUCCAGCCGCACACACCACUUCUGCUCAGGGCAUUACUAAUACCAAGAUGGACGGAACACAGGCUGGUGAAAGAGGUCAAGACAAUGAGUCACAUGAUAACGUUUGGGCUGGUGAGAACCUCAAGAGUGCUGCAUCUAGAGAUGCAGAAACUCAGCUGACAGUGCCCCAGUCUCAUGAGGGGGCUGAAACCAGAAGGGGCAAUAAGGUUAUGCAGGCAAUCCAGGUCAGUGGUGUAGCGUCAACGCAAGACGUACCAGCAUCAUGCAAAGAGAGGACUUCACCCCUGCUGAACAGUACACUGUCAUACUCACUGCCUCCUCUGCCUCCAACAAACACAACACUGCAGAGCUUUAAAUUGCUGCUCCUUAAGCGCAAUGACUUGAUUCAAAGGGCAGGCUACUACUAUGACCUGUUGCACUAUAAGACACGCAAGGAUGCACAGCUGGCGCAGCUAAUCCGAUCAGGCAAGCACCUGGAGGUGCUGAACAAGCGAUCAGAGGACCUGUCCAAGGUGAUGAGCAAAAUCAGCCAGGAGACGGCACAUAAUAGACAGGGGAAAAAACGCAAGCUGUCUGGCCUGAGUGCCAACGAAAACAUUGCCCUUGAAAUGGAAGACCCCAGGAUUGUGCAAAACUUACGUAAGACGGAUGCGUAUCGUUUGCUUCAGGCUCGCUUUCAGGCAGCAUUUUUGUGGCCAGUCAUUCUAUCAGCCAUUUACCCACCCUUUCAGCGACAGGACUUUACUGAGAAAGCAGAGCUUGGGGAGAGACAGGGCGCAUUUGCAGACCCAGAGGUUGUCGAGACCACAUGGAAGCACAUGAGAAAUAGACCAGCAAUGCUGAAAUCUAAGCAGUUUUACAAAUUUUCUACCAAGACUAAAAUGGAGAAGAAAACCAUAAUGAGUAGACGUCACAAGAAAAGCAUUCUGAAACAAGUCAGAGCACUAAUGGUUGACGAGAAUGACCCUAACCCUGUGGUUACCAUGGAGAAUGACUCUGAUGAUCAGGUGACAGAAAAUGAUUCAGUCCCCAUCAGCACCACCACCCCAGGUACCAGUCAGCAGGAUGGGGCAGAUUUUGGGGGAUUGAAUCCCAGCAAAAGUGUCACUGAAUCUGGAUCUGAAACUGUUGCACAAAAGGCUAAACGUCCCAAAAAAUCUGCAUCUUGUAAUCAAAUGCAACCAGUUAGGAAAUCACAGCGAUGCAUCCAGCGAGUGACUUAUGAGGAUCGGCUGAACAAGAAAAGAAGCAAAGACAAGUUGCAGCAGGCCAUGUGUGCAGAUAUGAACACUGAACCAGCAGAAAAACAACAUAGACUUCGAAGAAGUCGAUGUUUUCGUCAGUUUUUAAUUGAUGCCAUGGUGAGGGCAAAAGAACAGCAAGAGACAGAAACCAGUAAGAACGCUUGGACCACAAACAGCUAUGAGUCUGAUUCAGAUGAUGACCUCCCCAGAGAGGAUGGACAGUCGCUGAACUGGCUGGCUAAUCUCCCUGCAGCACAGAAAGAUAGCAUCAUUGAGCUGGAGAAGGCAACUGCUGUGGUGGAGCAGACAUCUGCUGCACUACCAUCUCACCCAGUAGAUCUUGUGACAAACACUGCAGGCCCUGCUAGAAAGCUGAUCUCUCAGAAUUCUGCAACUGCUCAUGCAAAAGCAAAGCAAAACAAAGCAAUGGACCCUUAGAUGUUCUUGAUGAGUUUGUUAACCCAAAGAAAAACAGGUCAUUCCAGCAUGCCAUUCAGCGUCUUUAAUGUAUGAAACUUCCUGGCCAACAUGUGUGAUAGUUCCAUGGCAAUCCUACUGAAUCUGGUGUUCAAGACACCAUGAAUACUUGGCAGACCAUCUGGUUGGAACAUCUCUCAUAAAUAAGAGAUGGAUACUGCUGCAGCUAGUAAUUUUCUUAAUGGACACAGAAGACUUUUUUUUAGUGACUUUCCUCCAUGGGAUCUGCUCCUGAUGAUUGAUAUUCUAUGUUGUUUUCACAGAAAACUUUUUAGUAGAAAAACCACUCAGCAGGACAGACAAAAUUCCUGAUUUAUGCAGUCAGUUAUGUUUAUUUUUAUAACUCCAAGAAUGGCUAGUCUGUACAUUGUGGUCUAGCAUAGUCAUAAAUUUUGUUCCUGAAUUAAUAUGAUGGUUAAAAUCAAACAUGAAUCCUUGAACUUAAUGAAACAUAAUCUUGGAUGUAAUUAUGUAGAAAAGGAAAUUGUUGCGGUAUCCCAAAAUUCAGAGUUUUUUUCUGGACAUGUGACUGUAAAUUACAAUAUCUGCUUGCCUCGGUCACUUUCUAUGUUGAGAUAUUGUAGAAAUUAUAGACACAUUACAAUAUUUGAUUGUUUGAGCUUUAAUGCAUUGUCUUUUGAGUAACUGUGCUAAAUAUUUUGGCUAUUGCUGAGUCAGGCUAGAAGUGUUUAAAUUCAUGUUUUCUUUGUCUCUAAGCUAGCAUAUAGUUACAAAGAGGUGGAGGAGGCAGGGUGGGAGAGGGGAGGCCUGCUUCUCGACCUUAGAAAGGUCAGGGUUAAUUUUCCAUUGCCUUACACUUUGUUCUAUGGUUGAAAGCUUUUUACUUCAUUAGUUUGCCAGGUGUAAUGAACUGUGCUUGUAUUGAAGUGAAUUAAAGGGACAAGAAAAAGUGGUGAUAUCAACUUUAUAGAUUAUCUCUAAUUGUUAAAAAGAACCUCAAAAUAACAAACCAAAAAAAAAAACAACUUAAAAACAUUAUCUUGGAGUUGGAAGUUCACGUCUUCCUCAUAAUUUUGAGAUAUAAAACAUGAGUGCACGUUGUUUUGGAAUAAAGAUAAUUUUUCAAUAAAUAUCAUUUUCCACUUG